CCUUCACCCACACCCAUUUUCACCUUCAAAUCCCUCUCUCAUUCCGGUAAUCCACCACUCUCUCUAUAUCUAUGCUUCUCUGACGCCGAUGGCUGCUUCCAAUUCUCCGGCACGGUUCAAACCUCCCUCCGCCGCCGUCGAGUUUCAUCGGUAUGAACCAUCUGCGACACUCUCCCUGUUGAUUUAGAAAUGCUAGAUCUAUUCAUCGCAUCACACCGUCGAUCCAAAACCUGGUUCCACAAGAGGAAAAAACACACCCUCUUCUCUUCUUCCCUCUCCAAUUUGCACCAUAACACAUGAUUCCAAUUUCCGAAUUGUACAGUUAGAAUUUCUCUCCUUGUUUUGUUUUUGCAAUAAAGUUUGUUCAAUUUCCCAAUUUUGGUUUUCAAAGCUUGUACAGUUAGGGUUUAAGGUGGUUAGGGUUUGAUUCUAGGGUUGGGGAAAGUGGCGAAAAUGAGUAUGACUGUGGCGGCGGAGGAAGAAUCUGGCGGCGAAGAGGUUCUUCAUCUCCCGGCCGAAAUUGAUUGGCAGAUGCUGGAUAAAUCCAAGUUUUUCUUUCUUGGUGCUGCCCUUUUCUCUGGGGUUUCUGCAACCCUGUAUCCUGCUGUUGUUUUGAAAACCAGGCAGCAAGUGGCUCAGACUCAUGUUUCUUGCAUCAAGACUGCAUUUACAUUGAUUAGGGGUGAGGGGUUUCGCGCGCUGUAUCGCGGGUUUGGGACUUCGUUGAUGGGUACGAUCCCUGCGAGAGCUUUAUACAUGGCUGCCCUUGAGGUUACUAAGAGCAAUGUGGGGACUGCGACGGUUAGGUUUGGUUUUGCUGAACCGACUGCUGCUGCGAUUGCCAGUGCGGCUGCUGGGUUGAGUGCAGCUAUGGCAGCUCAGCUUGUGUGGACCCCGGUUGAUGUUGUGAGCCAGAGGUUGAUGGUACAAGGUUGUUGUAAUUCCAGUAAUCCGAAGGGUUCUGCUGUUAGAUAUAUCAAUGGGAUUGAUGCUUUCAGGAAAAUUCUCAAUACGGAUGGUCCUAGGGGGUUGUAUAGGGGUUUUGGGAUAUCAAUUUUGACCUAUGCACCUUCAAAUGCAGUUUGGUGGGCUUCAUAUUCUGUUGCACAGAGGAUGGUUUGGGGUGGAGUUGGGUACUACUUGUGCAACAAGAAGGGUGAGGAAACUAAUAAUGCAUUGAGGCCAGAUGCAAAAACUGUUAUGGCAGUUCAGGGAGUCAGUGCAGCAAUGGCAGGUGGCAUGUCUGCUUUGAUCACCAUGCCAUUGGAUACAAUCAAGACAAGACUGCAGGUCUUGGAUGGCGACGAGAACGGCCGCCGCGGACCAACCAUUAUGCAGACAGUCAGGAAUCUGGUUAAGGAAGGUGGUUGGACGGCGUGUUAUAGAGGAUUGGGACCUCGAUGGGCUUCAAUGUCAAUGUCCGCGACAACAAUGAUCACCACCUAUGAGUUCCUAAAACGGCUUUCCGCAAAAAAUCAGGAUGUUCUGACAUGAAGAUAAAGGAUACAUUUAUAACAGGAUCAUAAAGGAACACAGGAGAGAAGGAGAAGAGGUUUUUUCCUCUCUUCUUUUGUUUAAAUUCCACUCUUGUCUUUUUUCAUCUUGUAUCUGUUUUUUCUUCUCUUUGGGCUUGCCCGCAUGACUGCUUCAUCAAUGUAAGUCAUUGCUGGUUGAUAUAUAAAUAAAAAUCUCUUCUAACACA